AUGCCUGUUAUCGGUGGAUCAUAUCAGCAACAAGCACAAGAAGCAGCAGCAAUGAGCAACAGAGUCCAUACCUUUAAUGUCAACAACUCUUACUCCAAUUUCUGGUGGUUCACAUUAUUGGCCAAUUACUAUCAGCAAGAGUAUCCUGCAGCGCACGUCGCUUAUGGGUGUGUCACAUCAGCGACAAGAUACAAUGUGUAUGUCUUUUGGUGUUAUCAAGGUAUAUCGAUUGCCCAAGGCAGCCGUCAUCAAGCAACAUUCCUUCCUCCGAAAAACGACUAUCAGCAAUCGUUUAUUGUAUUCGCAUCUCUGCAGCAAGGAAACCCGCUUUGGGUGUUGGAUAACAUCAAGCAGUAUAUAUUUCCAUAUGGCUUUGACUAA